CUUCACUGAGUGACAGUGACACCAAAAGGAAACAAUCUGAAGAGUUACAACCUGCUGUCAAACAGUCCUGAGUAAAACACACAGCGCAUCGGACCAUUUCAAACCACCACCAGCAACUCAGACCUGUCUAGCCAGCGCCGGGAAGGUGCAGCCUUAUCUCCAGAAGCCUCAAGAGAUGCACCGCUGACUCCCUCGGUCUCGGAAAAUGUGUGUUCUCCCUCAGCUGACCUCCAUCCCAGACCAAGAGCCACCGGAGAGUGUACGCAACUCCUACCCAUGAGAUGCAGCUCCUAGCGGGGCGUCACGAGCACAGACGCCAGCCGUCGUGGAUGUGGAAACGGUUUGACCGGGUUUGGCUUGCUGCCAUGACGGUUGUGAUGUGGAUACCGAUGAGACCGCUCCAAUCUUUUCCCACCGCUUCCCUCAGCCACUGUCAGACUCCUACCGGCUGGAACUGCUCUGAUUCAAAGGAGAGGGACUCUGUCUUCCAGUGUGACACAGACUCCUGUCAGUAUGACGGGGAGUGUCUAAAGAUAGCAGAGACCAUCACCUGCAUCUGUGACUUUGAGUGUAGUGCAGACUAUUCUCCAGUGUGUGGUUCCAACAAUCAAAGAUAUCAGAAUGAGUGUUUUCUGAGACAGGACGCCUGUCAACUUCAGACAGAGAUACACACUGCAUCCCUGGGCCCUUGUCCUACAGACGCUGGUUCAGGAUCAGGUGAUGGAGGCGAAGAUGUUUCUCUCCCAGGGGGUUCUGGAGAGGCUGGCGUGGGACAGAGGGACUCGUCCUGUGAGAUGUGUCAGUUUGGAUCGGAGUGUGACGAAGACGCAGAAGAUGUAUGGUGUGUGUGUAACAUCGACUGUUCCCACAUCAGUUUCAACCCUGUGUGUGCUUCGGACAGCCGUUCCUAUGACAACCCCUGUCAGGUAAAGGAGGCCUCGUGUCAGAGACAGGAGCGGAUCGAGGUCACACACCUGGGCCACUGCCAAGGGGAGGGGCUGAGGGGCCUGUACAUCCCCUGUCCUUCCCGCUACAGGAACUACUGUCUCCAUGGAGACUGUCAAUACCCUGACAACCUGGGCCCGCCCUCCUGUAGCUGUCAUGCAGGGUUCAGCGGGCCCCAGUGUGAGCAGAAGGACUACAACGUUCUGUAUGUGGUUCCUGGUUCUGGAAAGAUUCGCUACGUUCUCAUCGCCUCCGUCAUCGGAGCGCUGCAGAUCACCAUUAUCUCCCUGGUCGUGCUGUGUGUCACAAGGAAGUGCCCUGGGAAGAAGAGGAAGUCUGGCCAGAAGCAGAGUGGGGCUCCGUACGACACAGACAGCACGCUCCGCACUGCUACACUUCUCAUCUGACACAUACACAUACACAUAUAUACACAUAUACAGUAUAUAUACACACACACACACACAGAG